AACAGUAAAGCGGCGGUGACGACGUUCUUGUCCGGUCGGCCGUUCGUCCGGGCUUUCGAACUCCCCUCAGGAUAGCCCGUCAUGGAUCGCAGGAAAAAACCUUUGGACGUGCCAGCCACCUCGUUAGUAGACCUGAAGGCUGAACUUUACCGAAAGCAGGAACAAUUCAAAAAAGAAAUGCUUCUGAAAAAUGCUGGAGUUCCAAGAGAGAAGAAAACAACUAACAAGAAACCAAGUAUCUGGAAUAAACAAAAUGCAGGAGUUUCAGACCGUGCUGAAAAAGAUGCUGAACAGAAGAUUGAGGAGCAAAAAACAUUGGACAACGCAAGGGAAAAGUUAGAAGAGAAAGCCAAACUAUACGAAAAUAUGACAAAAGGAGACUUUCCAGAUGAAGAAACUGAGAAUCUGUAUCUCGUGGAUUUCACUCAGAAGAUCAUAAAUGAACGCAAACAGAAGUGGACUUCGUGUGAGAGUUUCACACCUACGAGAAACGAACGAGAAAGGAUGGAAAAUGAAGAGGAGAGUGUUUCUGAUCUAGACAUUCCUCUUCCACGGGCCCCUGGGGAAGAAUGGGUUGAUUAUGUGGAUUGCCUUGGUCGAUCCAGACGCUGUAUGAAAAAGGAUCUACCAAAUCUCCUGAAAAUGGAUGAAAAUCUUCAGGUGAAUCGGCUUGGUGCUAAACAAACCCUCUUAUCCGAAGACAUGAAGAGAGAACUUCAGCGGCAGCAGUGGGAAGAGGAAGAAAAGGAGGCGCUGAGCAGACCCAUGGGACCCGUACAUUAUGAGGACCUUCGGGAAAACGAGGCUCGGCAACUUGGUGUUGGGUAUUUUGUCUUUGCCCGAGAUAAAAACCUGAGAAACAAGCAAAUGGAGACUCUGGAAAUGCUGCGAGAGCAGACUACAGACCAGAGAACAAAACGGGAAAAUAUAAAGGAAAAGCGAAAGGCUGUGUUGGAUGCUAGGCUUAUGAAACUCCGACAGAGGAAGCUGAAGAAAUUGAACAAAGAUGGAACAGUAGAAGAAAUUGAAAGGGAGGAAGAGCUUAUCGGGCUCUCAGAGCCAAAACCUGCUCCAACGAUAUCUGCUCCAUCCCAAAGUAAAAAGGUGGAAGUCUUAAUUGAGGAGAGAAAAGAUACAAAGCCUGGUGUACCUUACGUCCGAGAGUGGGACAGAGGCAAAGAGUUUUCAUUUGGACAGUGGUCGAAGAGGCAAUCAGUUCUCAGGGCUGAAAGAGAUCCUGAAUUUGGCCCACCUUCUGAUUACUUUGUGGGUCAGAUGAGAAUUGGGAACCCAAGUAGCCAAGCUUGGAACCGAGCUGGAUCAUCACAUAAUGGUUUGGGGCAAGGCCUUAACCAGGACCAAGAGUUCCUUUCCUCCCAGCCCUCCACCAACAGUCCCCCACAAGCCCCAGAACCAGUGUAUGAAAGCCUAGAUGCCCUCUUAUCAUAUUACAAACAAGUAACAUGAGCUGAGAAACGACUCAUCACUCCCAAAUUUGUAUUGUGCGGAGAAUUUCCAAAAAAUAGUUUCACUUUAGUAAUGGAAGUUGAAUUCCAUCCUACAUUUUUCUCUCGACAAUGCUUGAGGGAAGAGUUUGAAUAUGAUUACCUGCCUGAACAGCAAUCCAAAUUGAUUAUAGAUGGGCCAUCAACGUCCCUAAUUGUCCACUGAGUAACCUAUUCUAAAUCUCACACCUAUGAAUGUAUCCAAAGCGCUCUUGGAACCCCAGUUAAUUUUAGCGUGCACAACGUGAUGUAAUAAAGAGUGCCAGAUGCUUACUA